UGUUUUUAAUUUUGCUUUUAUUCAGUCUUUCUCUUGCGCUGGUAGUGAACUUGUAAUUUUAUAUUUAUCGCGUAACAGUUACAUACCGUUUAUUGCAUUUAAAAAUAUACCUUUCAGAGGGAAUUCGUGAAUAUUAAUAUUGUUAAUGAAAUACAUACAUGUAACGAAGUGCAAUUAGUUGAAACGACUCAAUAGCGCCAAUCUAAUUAGAAAUUUUCCCAUUGCGGAAGCUAUAAAUAUUUCCCAAUUGGUUAUAACUUGGUACUUGAUUCAGCCAUUUGCCGUUGAUCGUGUCGCGUUUCGUUACUUUGGUAGUUCGCAGAGCAGAAAAAGAAUUGGCAAAGUUGAAAAAGUGUGUAAACGAAAAGAGCAGAUCUGAAAAAGUCGAAUUCUUGUAAAAGGUUCACCCAAACAACACAGCCAGUGCACAAACAACAUCGCCUGACACCAACUGGAUUUUUCUGAUUGAAUUUCUAUAUUCGGUCUGUUGGGUGUUUUCAGUCACUUUUCAGUUCUGUAGUUUAUUGAAUACAAGCACUAGAUAUUAGAAAUUUUACUACAACAUAAAUUUGGGACUAAAUUUUCUGCAAAAUAAUUUUUUGAUCGGUGAACCAAUACAAAAGUCUUAAAAAUUGAAAAGAGAUUAGUGUGUGAUAUAAUUAAAUAAAGCAAGCAAUAUUUUUGCUUUCCAAUCACAGUUACAAAUUUCACAAAUUACAAAGCCUAGCCACAUCCCGGUGAAACGAUAAUAAUCACAAUAAAAAAGCAUCCGUAGGUGACUAUAGUGCGCACGCGUGAUCCACUGCAUCAACAGGCGAAUAAAUAGCAAAGCAACACCAGUAGCUGCUACCGAGCAAAAAAGUCGCAAAAUGAAUAAAACUUGUGCGCGUUGUCAGAAAGUGGUGUAUCCCAUUGAAGAGCUGAAAUGUCUGGAUAAAACAUGGCACAAGACAUGCUUCAAGUGCACAGAAUGUGGCAUGGCAUUGAAUAUGAAAACAUACAAGGGCUUCAACAAAUUGCCAUACUGUGAAGCGCACAUUCCAAAGGCCAAAGCAACCGUUAUUGCGGACACACCCGAACUGAAGCGAAUUGCCGAAAAUACAAAAAUCCAAUCGAAUGUGAAAUAUCACGAAGACUUUGAAAAAUCAAAAGGCAAAUUUACACAGGUCGCCGACGAUCCCGAAACAUUACGAAUCAAGCAGAAUACAAAAAUCAUUUCGAACAUUGCUUACCAUGGCGAUUUGGAGAAGAAGGCGGCUAUGGAGAAGCAGCGCGAGGCAGCUGAGAUCGCCGAUGUGCGAGAGGAAACGGAGUAUUUCUCUGAAACAUUGGCUGCCGAACAGUUCUCACAAUAUGCUCCCACACCACCAACAGCAGCAGCUGCAGCGGCCGCAGCCGCGACACUACCACCGCCACCGAUCCAGCACCAGCCCCUCAAUACGGCGGCGAUCGUGCCGAGCACUCAGGCAACCGCGAUCACAGGCAACACACACGGCAGCAUUUACAACAACCAACAGCAACAACAACAGCAGCAGCAGGCGCUGCAGCAGCAACAACACAGCACACAGAGCCACAAUCAAAGACAGCAAACAUUGCAGGCACAACAGUUGCAGCUGCAGCAACAACAACAGCAAGCACAGCUGCUCAAGCAGCACACACAUCCACACUAUCAGGCACCGCCGGCACAACCACAACAUCAAAAUUAUCAAGCACAACAGCAAGCAUCACAACAACAACACUAUCAACACCAUCCACACCACCUACAACAUGCACAACAACAACAACAACACGAACAAUAUCAACAUUACCAACAGCCACAGGCGCUACGCCAACAAUAUCACCAGCAGCAACAGCAAUUGUUGCAACAACAGCAGCAACAACAACACCACCAACAGCAAAUGUUGCAACAGCAACAACCGAUUAAACAAUCAUCACAUUUGUAUUCAACAGCGGCAGCAAAUCAUGCGCAACAACAACAGCAGCAACAACAGCCGUCAAACACCUACAAUCAGCUGCGUUCAGCGAUUUUGCACAACUCCCAUCACCCAACUGGUGGCGCACAACCCGCGCACCUCAACGAGAAUGUGGCCAGCGCCGGCGGCGGCGGGGGCGGCUAUGGCAGCGGGACCAACAGCGCCACCUAUGACCAGUAUGACAACUACACGACCGCCGCCUCGGUCAACAGUAACAGCAACAGCAACAACAACCAUUUGAAUUACCAACAACAACAACAGCAGCAGCAGCCACAGAAGACCGCCUCGUAUCACAGCAACACGAACGCAGUUAGCGCUGCCAACGCCAACAAUGGUGCAAUCACCGGCACCGGUCACCCCACCGGUGGUCCGCAAGCGACCCAGCAACUCUACGCCAGCAACAACUACAACAGCCACUUCUCGUCGAGCACAUCGUUGGGCGGUGCACCGGGCGGUGCACCGGGCGGACUGGCGCAUCACAACAGCAACGGCGCCGUAAGCACCGGCGUGGCCAUUGGCGGCGGAAGCAACAGCAACCACAGCCAUCCAGGUGUGGGCAACAACAGUGGCCUGGUGAAUGUGAAUAACGGCAGUGCAACAGCCGGGGCGGUCAACAGUAUCGGAAAGAUUGCCGACUACGAUCCGUUGACCGAUGGGCCACGCCCCAUGCCCAACACCGGCCGACCCAGUACAACGCUCAUUUACAGCUCUGACAGCCGCGGUUCGGUGAACAACGCUUAUCCGAAGCGGAUCGGGUCCAUCGCUGAUAUUGAUCCCGCUAACGGCAUUUAUAGCUCCUUGGCCAGCGACUCUGCAUCGCAUCACCAACAACAGUCACAACAACAUCACCAGCAGCAGCAGCAACAACAACAGUUAUUGCAUCAACAACAGCAGCAGCAACAACGUGCGCUUCAGCAACAGCAACAACAACAACAACAGCAACAGUAUUAUCAACAAAUGAUGCAACAACAACAGCAAUCGAAGCCAAAUCUGCGUGUCUACCGCGCACUGUACGAUUAUGAGGCCCAGGACACCGACGAAGUGAGCUUCCGUGAGGGCGAUGUUAUCUUCGAAGUGGAAUCGGCCGAUUCCGGUUGGAUGACCGGACGCGUCGAGCGUACUGGCAAGACCGGAAUGCUGCCCGCCAACUAUGUGGAACAGGCCGUUAUAUAAUAGGGAAUGUUAUAUUAUUGUUGUUGUCAUCAUCAAUUUGUUGUAAUACUAAUUUGUAUCCUUUAUUUGGUAGUCGUAUUAAUAUUCUUCAUUAACAUAUUUAUAGCUGAUAGCAAUAAUGAUUAUGAUGCC